AGCUGCGUCUCGGCUCCGCCGUUUCCGCGCCCUGGGCCGGUCCCAUGGCGAUCUGGCGGACUUGAUGGAGGGCAGUUGGGAGGCGAUCUCAGAGGAUGUUCUGCGUGAGACCGACGUCGCGUACGAGCAAGAGCUGCAGCAGAAUCCAUAUAGCGUGAAGCUAUGGUGUGCCUACGUGAAGGCGAAGGCAGAGGCGCCCUUGCGCGUGCGCUACUUGAUCUAUGAGCGCGCGGUCAAGGAGCUUCCAGGCUCAUACAAACUCUGGCACGCUUACUUGCAGCUGCGCAUGCGGAGCGUCAAAGACUUGGCCAUUUUGGAUCCAGAGUAUGAGGCGUGCAACAAUGCCUUCGAGCGGGCGCUGGUGUUUUUGCACAAGAUGCCCAGAAUUUGGCUUCAUUACAUCGACUUUCUCAUGAAGCAGAAAAAGAUUACACGAGCUCGACGCGCCUUGGAUCGUGCCCUCCGAUCUUUGCCCAUCACACAGCACGCACGGAUUUGGGAGCUCUAUGUGAAGUUCAUCAAGGAUGGCGAAGUGCCGAAGGAGACCGCCUUGUGUGCCUUCCGGCGGUACCUCAUGUUGGAGCCAGACCACGUGGAGAUCUACAUUGCCUACCUGAGAACCAUCGGGCGAUAUGAUGAAGCGGCUCAAAAGCUUGCCAACGUGGUGGAUGACGAGGACUUUAGCUCCAUGGAAGGGAAAACACGGCACCAACUGUGGAUGGACCUUUGUGAUCUUGUCUCCAAGCACCCUGCCGACAUCAAGGCAUUGAACAUUGAGUCCAUCAUCCGCAGUGGCAUUCGCCAGUUCACCGACGAGGUCGGUCGCCUGUGGAUCUCCUUGGGCGAUCACUUCAUCAGGCUUGGACAGUUCGAGAAGGCCCGAGACAUCUACGAGGAAGCCAUGGCGACUGUCAGUACGGUCCACGACUUCUCGCUGAUUUUCGAGUCGUAUGCCAAGUUCCUGGAGAGCUUGAUCUCUGCACAUAUGGAGCGAGAGGCGUCCACGGUGUCAGCCGCUGAAGCCGACCUUUUGAUGCUCCGUUUGGAGGAUCUCCUGGGUCGACGGCCGGAGCUGGUGUCGUCAGUGAAGCUGCGACAGAAUCCGCACAACGUGCACGAGUGGCUUCAGCGUGCCAAGCUCUACAAGGACACGCCGGAGAAGGUCAUUCGAUGCUUCACGGAAGCAGUCAUGACCGUGGACCCGCAGAAGGCGGAGGGGCGGCUGUGGACCCUUUGGGCGGCCUUUGCCAAGUUCUACGAGUCGCACGAUGACAUCGAGAACGCUCGGGUCAUUUUCUCCAAGGCUACCCAGGUGAACUACCGUGGCGUGGACGAUCUGGCCUCGGUCUGGUGUGAGUGGAUCGAGAUGGAGCUGCGGCACAAGGAGUUCGAUGAAGCUUUGAAGGUGGCCAGACAAGCCACCGGCCAGAAGAGGGCCGCGGCACUCAAGGAAGACAAGGAUGUGGUGCAAAACCGCUUGUUUCGCUCCACCAAGCUUUGGUCCUUCUGCAUUGACCUCGAAGAGUCGCUUGGCACCACCGCUUCCACUCGGGCUGCCUAUGAUGCUACUCUGGAAUUCAAGGUGGCAACACCUUCCUUGAUCCUGAGCUAUGCCAGAUUCUUGGAGGAUCGGAAAUACUUUGAGGAUGCCUUCAAAGUCUACGAGCGGGGCAUCAAGGUGUUUGCGUGGCCACACGUGAGCGAUAUUUGGCUGACAUACUUAUCCAAGUUUGUGGAGCGCUAUGGCGGGCGUAAGCUCGAGCGGGCGAGAGACCUCUUCGAGCAAGCUGUGGAGAAGGUUCCACCGAAGUUCGCCCGGCGGCUUCACAUGCUUUACGCCAAGCUUGAAGAGGAGCAUGGCUUGGCCAGGCAUGCCUUGUCCAUCUACAAUAGAGCUACAAAGGCUGUAGAGGAGAAGGACAUGUUUGAGAUGUACAGCAUCCUCUUGCGGAAGACCGCGGAGCUCUUUGGCCAAACCCGAACACGGGAGAUCUACGAUCAGGCCAUCGAGAACCUGCCCCAGGAUCGCAUCAAGGACGCCUGUGUGCGCUACGCGAAGAUGGAGACGAUGCUGGGAGAGGUGGACAGGGCACGUGGCAUCUAUGAGCAUGCUUCCCAGUUCUGCGAUCCUCGAAGGGAAGAAGAGUUUUGGAAAGUCUGGCGCGGCUUUGAAGUGCAGCAUGGUAAUGAGGAUACGUUCCGAGAUAUGCUGCGGAUCAAGCGUAGCGUCCAGGCCAUGUUCUCCCAGGUGCACUUCAAUGCCACAGACAUCGCCGCGGAAAAUGCCGGCGCGGUGCUGGACCCCAUGGCGGCGGCGGAGGAGCAGAUGAAGACCGAAGAAGAUCGGAAGCGCCAGGGCGGCGCCCUGGGCCCCGACGCCAAGCGUCAGCGGGUCACGGCAGAUGCCCAGACAGCGCGGAAGGAGCUGCUUGGCAAGUUCGAGCCCGCCGAGACCUGGGAGGGCAUUCGGGAUGGCUUCAUUUUCAAGCUGGGCAUCAAGGGGUUGGGCUACUACGAGGACUCCUCCUUGCAGCAGAUUGAAGCCCGCUCCGCCGCGGCGGCGGCCGCCGAACGCAAGGCCCUGGCGGCGGAACAGAGGGCACAAGAGGCUAACCCUGAAGAGAUCGAGCUGGACAUGGACGACGACGAGGACGAUGCUCCCGGGGCGGAGCCUCCGCCCGCGGCAUCCUCAUCUGCAGCGGUGGCGAUGACGGCGAACUCUGAGAUCGAGCUGAAUGUGGAAGACAUCGAGGAAGCACCGAUCCCCUCGGAGGUCUUUGGCGGUGGCCUCUCGAGCAUGAGAGCGAAUCUGCCGGAGGAGACUGUGGAAGAGCCACCUUUAGCCGCUCCAGCUCCAGCGGCGGAGGAGAAGAAAAAGUUGGGCGCCUUGGCCAAAUUCCAGAAGAAGGGAAAGGGCAAAGGCGGAAGCAAGGGCUGAGGGCAGCCGGCCAAUUUGCAGUCCAUGAUAGCAACCAAGAAAUCAAUGGUGACAACGAACCAAGAUUGUGCCCAAGUAGCAAAAAAU